GCAGGCGGUGUGACGUGGAGGGUGCGUGAGGGAGACGGCGGCUGGAGCGGAUGCUUGGCGGUCCGAGCAUCCCGUGGGAACCUGAUCGCGUUCGACGGGCUGAAGGGCCGACAGGCAGGUUGUGAUUAAAACUAUGUCUGAAUAAUCUGGGCAUCGUGUACAACUGGAGAUGGGUGCGAACAGCAGCAAUAUCGCCGAGCUUGCAAGUAAUGAUUACCUCAAGCGUCUUGCUGGUACGGAAUCCAUCUCUGAGAAUGAUCCAUUCUGGAAUCAACUUCUAUCGUUUUCCUUCACUACACCAACUAAUGGUGCCGAUGUUCGUCUCUUGGAAGAGGCAACACUUCCAAUCUCCAGGUCACUCAUUGUGAACAAUCCUUGUACAGGAAACUUUCAAGCUCUUGUUAAGAUCUUCCUUAGUAGAACCAAUGAAUUAAAGAUCUCAGCUGAAUGUCAGGACCAGCUGUUUAUUUGGCAGGCUCAUAAUGCCUUGUUCAUCAUACGAUGUUUACUGAAAAUCUUUGUUAGCCACAUGCCCGAGGAGGAGCUUCUGCUUAACUUUACAUACCAAGAGAGGGCACCAUUGACUUACGGGGCUGAGCCAGAAGGUCUCCUGGAGGGAUUGAUAUGCACCUUAGUACAUCUCAUUAUUGAAUUGCCAUUGUUAGAUAUUACAUAUAGCAUUCUUCUCGAGUCUGUGACCACCCUUUUGGUUCUACUGUCUUGCCAGCUGUUCCAGAAAGAGAUAAUUCGAGAGAGUACAAUAUACAAGUACUUGAUGCAAGGACAAUGCCUUCAGGACACAAGCAGGGUUGUCAAAACAUUACUUUACAAUUUCAUCAGGCAAGAGAAAUGCCCACCUCAAGGAACACAGAUCUUUGAGCAGAACUCUGUGGGAAAUGGAUUGCUGUACGGAUUAGCAUCUGGUGUAGCAUCCGGCCUGUGGACAGUCCUGACGUUGGGGGGUGUUGGGAGUAAGCCAGCCCAGCAAGAGGAGCCUUCGUCCCCUCUGGCUAAUCGGAGUCUAUUACUGCUACUCGUUUUAUCAAAUAUCAGUAACGUGUCUGAGAGUCCAAAUCCAUACCGACAGUCAAUAAUGUCCUUCAAAAACACACAAGACAAUUCUGCCAUUCAGUCACCAAAUCCUCAUGCGUUCCAGAUAAACUUUAACAGUCUGUACACGGCAUUGUAUGAACAACAGAAAUCUGACCAGGCUACUCUCCUGCUCUAUACCUUGUUGCACCAGAACCCCAAUGUGAGAACGUAUGUUUUGGCCCGUACUGACGUGGAGAACCUGGUUCUUCCAAUUCUUGAAAUUUUAUAUCAUGUUGAAAAGCGAAAUUCCCACCACGUCUACAUGGCACUUAUUAUUUUGCUAAUCCUAACUGAGGAAGAUUCAUUCAAUCGUUCUGUUCAUGAAGUGAUACUGAAAAAUAUUACUUGGUAUGCCGAACGUCCCCUGACAGAAAUCUCCUUGGGAAGUCUCCUCAUCCUGGUGGUGAUAAGAACAGUGCAGUAUAACAUGACCAGAACCAGGGACAAAUACCUUCAUACUAAUUGUUUGGCGGCAUUGGCCAAUAUGUCCUCUCAGUUUCGUUCAUUGCAUCAGUAUGCAGCUCAGAGAAUUAUAAGUUACACUUGCCGCCUCUUGCGGAGAUACCUGUACGCAUUCGACAAAAUAUAUUUCCCCUGCUCCCACAGCACCACAUUGCAAAAGUGGUUUUCAGCUUGCAGUGACACAGGAGAGGACUUAAUAUACUUUACGUGCUCGCAUGUUCUCAAGUCCUAUGCUUCCAGCCUGUUUGCUUUACUUUCGAAGAAGCACAACAAAGUUUUAGAACAGGCUACACAGUCGUUAAGCAGUUCAAUCAGCACAGAGGAGAAUUCUCCAAUACCUGAUCAUGCUCAGGAUGUCAACGUGAUAGAGGAAGUAAUUCGAAUGAUGUUGGAGAUCAUAAAUUCUUGUUUUUCCUCUUGUCUCCAUCACAAUCCCAACCUGGUUUAUGCACUCUUGUACAAACGGGAUCUCUUUGAACAGUUCCGCACGCACCCUUCCUUCCAGGAUGUGAUGCAGAAUCUUGACUUGGUAAUCAGCUUUUUUAGCCUUCGCCUGGAGCAAGCCGGAACGGAUCUAUCCGUGGAACGCGUUCUGGAAGUCAUCAAGCAAGGUGCUGUGGCAUUGCCGAAAGAUAAACUGAAGAAGUUCCCAGAGCUGAAGUUCAAGUACGUUGAAGAGGAGCAGCCAGAGGAGUUCUUCGUUCCGUACAUCUGGUCACUGGCUUAUAACUCCACAGCCGAGUUGUACUGGGACCCACAGCAGGUCCAGCUAUUUACCAUGGAUUCCGGCUGAUGGCCUCCUUCUCACGUGAUUAGUAGUGGGGAAGUGGGGGGUGUAACGAUAUCAGAACAAUUGAAUAAGAGAAACAAGAAACUUCUAUCCAAAUUUCAUGUGCUCUGCACCUUCAAUCAGAUGUUCAUAACCCAAGCAAGAGAAAGGGAAUUGAGGACAUACCAUAAGUCCUCGCUCACAUAUCAGGGUGCUGCUUCAGAUGGAUGGAGCAAUUGUAAUUGCUCAUGGCUCAAUUUCUUGAACAGUAGUAUGAGAAUGAAUCGCUUUGCCAAUCCAGGGCAAAAGGUGAUGUCCCCCACCCAAAUAGUAAAUACGGGGAAGGAGGUUAACAAAAUGUCCCAGAAGUGCAGCUUUCGAUUUUCCUAAUUAUAUUCUGAACACCAAUAUUAUUUAUUGCUCAUAAUAAUGUUCAAUUAAACUGUUUUAGAAUUGCGGUCUUCCUGAUCCAAAGUUGUUUGUAGGUAAAAAAUAAACUGAGAUAGAAUAAGGCAUUGUUUUACUUAAGUUACAAUAAAAGCUUUAAGAAGUGAAUUUCUGUACUUAGUAGUGACGAUGCAGGCACUGGACAGAUGAUGUUUAACGCAGGUACUGCCCAGCACUUAACCUGAUGUUGAUCAUGUCAGUGAUAAUGUCAGUGAACACUUCUUAAACAGAACUUCUAAACUGCAUGUUGAAAUGCCUAUGUGCACAAUGAUGAGCAAAGCUUAAAAUCAAAAUGUUGUUUGAUAAACAAAUCCCAGUAGAAAUGUAUUUUCAAAAGAAGAAUUUAGAUUAUAAUAAAUCUGUGAUAUAAUUUGACUACUUACUGCUCCUGGUUGUUAUACAUAAUUGGGGUGCCACAGUUAGCGCAAUGCUAUUAUGGCUCAGAGCGUCAGAGUUUGGAGUUCAUUUCUGUCAUCCUCUGUAAGGAGUUUAGAUGUUCCUCCCCAUGAUUACAUGGGUCUCCUCUGGGUGCUCCAGUUUCUUCCCCUAGUCCGAACACGUACCAGUUAGUAGGUUAAUUGGUGAUUGUAACUUGUCCCAUGUUCAGGCUGGGGAGUCAAUGAAAGACCACAUGCAUAAUUUGACUACUUACUGGACAAAUGUUGUUAUAUAGUUAAAUAAAGCAGGAAGGGAAGGGCGCAAAACAAGAGAUUCUGAGAUACUGGAAA